UCUUUAUCCAGUAUGAAGGCGAGAAGGAUACGCGUGGGCCGGCAGACUUUUCUGGCGCGGUCAAGAUUCUGGACGAGGAGGACGAAGAGGACGACGACGAGGUUGUCUCGGCCGUGCCGUCAAAACGCAGGGGCAGUGGACGACUCAGACCAGUGGGGACCGGUGACCUUGGCGAGCUCGACUACCAGCACGCUCAGCACCAUCCGUCUCACCACUCCCACAUCCCGCCACCUCCGCCUCGCGCCAUGGCGAUACCCCCGCCGCCCAUCCCCCAGACGCCCCUCCAGCAGUCCUCAACAUCGUCCUCGUCGCUCCCUAUCUCCUCCCUCCGCCACCCGCAUCCAAACACCAACCCCCAUAAGAAGCAGCGUCUCUCUCCGCCCUCAGUCUCUGGCCCCGGCAUGCAUAGCCGUUCCUCCUCUGGAUCCGGGUCUGGUGGUGGAGGUGGAGGUGGAGGGGGGGGAGGCGGAACCGCAAGCCAAGGAGGAGGCUUCUACCCGCCCCCCUCUACUGCGCAGUACCACCACACGCCCUUUUACAGUGGCGGCGGCGGCGGGGGUGGAGGAGGCGGAGGCGGGGGCGGAGGCAACUUCUCCACUCCUGCCCAAUUCGGAGGCGAGAGGCGAUAUGCGGGUUACCCCACCCUGAGCCCGCCCAUGUCCCGCGGAGGUGGAGAGAUUUUUGGCUUGUUUGACGAUCAUGGCAGGCCCGGCUCGUCUGGUGGGCCGGCGGGCGCGGGGCCUGGUCCUGGUGGCUUUGAUUGGCCUAUACAUGCUCCGCCGAAUGCCCAAGCUGGCACUGGGCCGACGCAUAGUCCUACUCAGGGGAGGGUCGACGGUGCUUGGUUGGACUUUUUGAGUACCAGUAAUGGGGGGCCUGGUGGUGGCAGUAGGCCGUCGACUAGCUGGGAGAGGGAUACCGGGGCUGGAGGUGAUGAAGGCGGAGUCGUAGAGAAGGAGGAGGGGUAGGGCCUACGCUUCCUAUAAACGGUUUAUUGGACCCUCAUUUUUGUUUUUGAUGUGCUUUU